GUCGCGGCAAAAAAUGAGCCUCUCAAAACUCUUUCGACGUCACUCUAAACAUUAAAUAUCAAGCUUCCUCAGUAAAUACGAAAAUCGAGCUUGAUUUUUGUGAAGAAAGUUUGACCAUGAUUCAUAGGUUUGUUAAAGAGUACAAGGAGUCAAUAACCCUGGUCUACUUUUGCGGUAAUCUUCUUCUUACCAUCGUCGUCUUUGUAGUUGGAACCAUUUACAUCUGGCACAGAGAUCGAAGGGACCAGGAGAGGCGCUUACAGGAGGGUCAGGAAUAUCAAAACAGACGUGAUCAAGAAGACCGAAGGGACCAGGAGAGGCGCUUACAGGAGGGUCGGGAAUACCAAAACAGACGUGACCAAGAAGACCGAAGAGACCAUCGGAGGCGAGAAUGGCGCCAAUUCGCGGAAAGAAUUUACACCGAUUACAGCAAACUGAAAAGUAAAGACAUCCCUCAGAAAAUUGCAAAGGUAAAGAACACUUUUGAACGUAUACUAAUCCACUCUACAGUAACUGGCCUUGAUGUUUUGCGAUACAUGCUCACCGAUGAUAACUACCGCAAUUUUGCGAGCGAGUCACCUCAGUUGAAGGCCUUACGUGAAGACCUCCACAUGAUUUUCUUGCCGCUAAAUAUCUGCUCUUCGUUGUUUCUCUUGGGAGAAGUGCCAAUAAAUAUAAAGGAAGAAUUAAGACUUGUGGUGGAAGAGUUGGGGAAUUUAGCAGAGCCUUUCCUUACAGGUGAACAACAAAGGGUCGCUUUGAAAUGUCUGAAAUAUUUUGGCAGUAACAGAUCAUCAAAUGCAGUGACUGAACAUGCUCAAAGAAGCGUGAAAGAGCUUGAUGAGCGAACUGAAGCUAUUGCUCCGUACGUAAACAGCUUACAGUUUGGUGGUCCCAAUAGUAAGGAGUUCCGAAACGAUUUCCCACAGAUGGGCAUAGACAUGAAAGAUUAUAGCGAGUGCAGAAAAUUUUGGCUUAAUAAAACAAUGAUCAUGCACGUCAAAACAGGCACGAGAAUCUCAAGUUUCUCAUACAACUACACGAGGAUCUAGAAUGUAAAGAACUUGAGGCUCACUGUGCCAGAAUCUUUAGAGAAAAACUGGAAGAACUGCCAGCUGAAUCGUUCGAGCAGAUCAGCGACAGUGAUAGCGAUGAAACGAUUUUAAUGAAAUUUCUACAUGAAUUGCGUCUAUAUAUCCAUAUUAUUCUGAGCGAAAACCAGUUCACGAUGGUUAAAAGACUAGUUGAGGGUAACGUGGAUAGACUGCGUAAGCUUCGUGAAAGAUUGCAACCGAUAAAGGUCCAAAUUAAAGAGUUAUGUCAGAGAUUCAGUGACGAUCUUGUGCGCAUUAAGAGGGCUAUAGAGGGGAACCCACCACGUCAUCUAACUGGCGAGAAGUUUUUCAAACAGCUUAGUGACCUAUAUGAUGAAAAGUUUCUAAGAAUAAUCACUGGUGAGGAGGUAUAGCACUAACACAACUGAGACCUCUUUAUAAAGUUCAUGCUUUAUCCUUGUUGUUUUUGUAUGAUAGUGACAUUUUAGUACCAAGAUGAGUUCAGGCCUUGCUUAAUUAGUAAGCCCAAGCAGUUAAGUUAUGACUAUAUCUGAGUUUGAGUUAGCAUCAGUUCCAUUUAAUUAGUGUAAUUAUGUAUGAGAAAGACUUCAGCAAGUAUGCAAAGGUUUAAUUGCAGCUUACAGCAUCAUUGUAAUUUGCAACUGAAAUAUUGAUUAUGAAUCUUGCUACAUUACUUGAGACACUCCUUUGGCCAAGGACUUGAUAAAAUACAGAGCUUGACUUUUAGAGUCAGUGUUUUCUUAAUUUGGUGAUUGUAAAAUUCCCAAUACCCCUUUUGCUUUUGCUUCCUUAAUUUAAAUUGCAAUGUAUUGCUUGCA